GCAAGCCGGAGGUAGAAGAUGGCUGCUUCUGAGGACGCCCGUGGUGGCGCGGCCGACGCGGACCGGGAAUUGGAAGAGCUUCUGGAAACAGCAGCAUUCGGUCCUCGGUGGGCCGCGAACCGGACACUCACGGACCUUGCGUAACUCUUAAACCCGAAGCUCGUCCUUCUGUGCGCUGCCCUAACCUCCUUAACACAAGGGCACCCCACUCCCCUGUCGGGUUCUCGCCCAGAGUGGGGCCAGUGUCGUGCCCUUAAGCCUGGCGAGCAGAAUGGCGGUGAGAACCCAGGUUUUUCAGGGCAGAGGUGCUCUUGACGAUUUCGAUAAGGCCAAACCCUCCCCAGCACCCCUUCCUACCACCACGGCCCCUGAUGCUUCGGGGCCCCAGAGGAGAUCGCCAGCAGACACUGCCAAAGAUGCCCUCUUCGCCUCCCAAGAGAAGUUUUUCCAGGAACUAUUCGACAGCGAGCUGGCUUCCCAAGCCACUGCAGAGUUCGAGAAGGCAAUGAAGGAGUUGGCUGAGGAAGAACCUCACCUGGUAGAGCAGUUCCAGAAGCUCUCGGAGGCCGCAGGGAGAGUGGGCAGUGAUGCGACCUCCCAACAAGAAUUCACUUCGUGCCUAAAGGAGACACUAAGCGGACUAGCCAAAAAUGCCACUGAUCUGCAGCACUCGGGCAUGUCGGAGGAGGAGCUGACCAAGGCCAUGGAAGGGCUGGGCAUGGACGAGGGGGACGGGGAGGGGAACGUCCUCCCCAUCAUGCAGAGCAUCAUGCAGAACCUCCUGUCCAAGGAUGUGCUCUACCCCUCACUGAAGGAGAUCGCGGAGAAGUAUCCAGAAUGGUUGCAGAGUCACCGGGAUUCUCUGCCUCCAGAGCAGUUUGAAAAAUAUCAGGAACAACACGGUGUCAUGGGCAAGAUAUGUGAGCAGUUUGAGGCAGAGACCCCCACAGACAGUGAGGCCACGCAGAAGGCUCGUUUUGAGAUGGUGCUGGAUCUCAUGCAGCAGCUACAGGAUUUGGGCCACCCUCCAAAGGAGCUGGCUGGGGAGAUGCCACCUGGCCUCAACUUUGACCUGGAUGCCCUCAAUCUCUCAGGCCCACCAGGUGCCAAUGGUGAACAGUGUCUGAUCAUGUGAAGCACAACAUGUUUUCUACCCUGAUUGCCAGCCGUGGGGAACAUCCCGGAGUCAAUAGAACCACUGGGAGCUGAGGCGGGAGUGCCGUUUGCAGGAGCGGUCUGUCCACUGCCCUCUGUCAGCCCGCCCAAGAUGGUGCCAUACCAGAUGAGGCGUGUUCUCUUCCUAGGAAUCACGUAGGCCAUUUCUGUGAGCCGGUCCGUUGUGGCUUCUGCUGCUAGCAAAGGCCCAGCUACCUACUAGGGGAAGGAAGGAUCCCUUUGGGGGCACGUACCUUCUUCCCUCUACCCCGGAUAAUGGAUGUUAUUUAUGGCUACACAUCUUAGCACCCAGGGUCUUCGUGCCUUGUCCCUACUCCCUCUCUUGAACCUGGGGGGCAGGGACAGAGUCCUGGGGCUCUGUAUUUCCAGUUCUUCUGGGCAGGGCCUUUCGGGAAGAAUGGGGAGAGACUUAGCCUUGUCUGGGACUGUAUCAUCAUGCCUUCUUACCUUGAGACAGACUGUUGUGAAUUCUCUGAAGGUGAAAGGGGGCUUUUGCAUCUAAACACAGUAGAGUUGAAAGAGAAGCCCUGGGAUUCUCUUCUGUCCAGGUGCUGAGCCUUCAACUCCCCUUGCCAGCUGAGAACUCAGGUUGCUGCCCUGGGUCUUUCUACAGUGCGAUGUGAUCUUGGUGAACCCAGCCCUUGACCUUCUUUGCCCCCAGCCUCUCCUCUUAUCUCCUCAAUACCUGUUUAUUCCGACCCUCCUCUGAGCCCAAGCUGUGAACAAAGGAGGGCCCAUCCAGUUCCCCUCUCCAGACCACACACCACUCUCCGUGGCCCCUUUUCUCUCAGGCAGACAUGUACAGUCAGUUUAUGGUAUAGGAAGUGAAUGAGUCUUCUUCCCUAACGUGCAUUCUGGCUUGAUGGAGGCAUCCGAUUCCUUUGAAUCCUGUCCCUUGAUUCAGGGAGAUGGCUUAGGAAAGGGGCUGGGGUGCAGCCUGGGCCCUUUUUCCUGACUAAUAAAUAUUCUGAGUGAGGAGUGUGGCCUAUUUUUCAUCCAGGUCUUUUUCUGAUUGUCCUCAGCUUUGUAAGCUGCGGUGUGAGGGAGGCUAGCAGACCAGUUCUGUGUAACAUUGCAGCGCUGGGUUCCACCCCCACCCCCUUUCCCCAGCUCAGUCUGCAUCUCAAUUGGCAAAGGAGACUGAAUGGCCAUCUUUCUUUAUUUCCUCUGAGUAUUUAAAUCUGAGAAGCCCUUCAACUGAUAUUAUAACAUUUCACAUUACUGUUAAUAUUAGUAACAUGUUGUUAACGUGUUCCAAAAAAAAAUUUUUUUUUUUUA